CAGUCCGUAGUGAGAAGCAUGGCGACCGGUGCAAGUGAGUCCGGAGCAGAUAUAGAAGAAGACGCGGCGCAGCUACAGUUUCCCAAGGAGUUUGAGAAUGCGGAGACCCUGCUGAACUCGGAGGUGAACAUGUUACUGGAGCACAGGAAGCAGCAGAACGAGAGUGCGGAGGAGGAGCAGGAGUUGUCAGAAGUCUUCAUGAAAACCCUGGGCUACACCUCACGCUUCAGCAGGUUCAAGAACAGGGAAACUAUAGCCGCUGUCAGAAGUUUACUUAUGCAGAAGAAGCUCCACAAGUUUGAGUUGGCAGCGCUGGCCAACCUCUGUCCAGAGUCAGCCGAGGAGGCUAAAUCACUCAUUCCAAGUCUUGAAGGCAGAUUUGAAGACGAGGAGCUACAACAGAUCUUAGAUGACAUACAGACCAAGAGAAGUUUCCAGUAUUAGGAUAGAUAAAUGUACAUUCUCUUUAUUAACAUACAUUGUGUUUCUAACUGUAAAAUAGGCCUAAACAGGUCUACAUGUUUUGAUGUGCAUCUUUGGGACUGUAUUUUGUCUAUUUAGCCAUGUUAGCAGCAGUUUAAAAAACUGCCUUGAUAAAGAGGGGGUUAAGUCAUGUAAAACAAUAAUGAUGGAUGAAAAUAUAACAAGCUUUUGGUAAUGAAAAAUUUAAACUGUUCUCCAACUCAAAAUUUGACUCACCAGAAAUUUUC